AUGUUUAAGUAUAUUUUAUUAUGCUCCCUUUUAGCCCAUACCAUAUGGGCUAAGCCAGUGCAUCAGCAUCACGGUGAGCUGGCACCACAUGUCUUGAUUGUUACUCCACAAGCCCAACUGCGCUUAGAGUCAUUAGUGCCAGGUACACCGUUCAUACAACACUUAUCGCCCUUUACACGCUUUAUAGCUCCACACGAAGAAACUAUUGUUUAUGUACCAGCAAGUGCGGCCGCUGCCAUACAAAAUGCCGAAAUCGUGGCUAGAUCUUUGGAAGGCAACAAGGGUAAACAACUUAAUCCACAAGACUUUGGCAAUGCUCUCGGCGCGCUAGCCAGUAGUGGUGCUCAGUCCCUACAAAAUGCAGCCACAACGGCUGCUGAAGCAGCAAACACUUACAUAACUAGCUCAUCGUCGUAUGUGCCUACGUUGGGUAAUCCCGCCAGCAGUUUCCAAAGUGCUGCUGAGGCUAUUUAUCAGGGCGCUCAAAAUACUAUUAGCAGCUAUGUACAGUCGCAAGCGCAGGCACUGCAGCCACAAACCAGUCAGUUGUUAGCAGCUGAAACGCCCUUAGCUUCAGCUGAAUUAUCCCUGCCAGCAAUUACAUCCGAACAAAAGUUACCCAUACUUUCGACUGCUGUUUCAUUGCCACCCCUUUUAUCAUCAGAUCAAAAAAUUCCUCUAAUUUCUAUAGGCACCAAAAUUCCAUCCUUAUCAUCAUUACUAUCACCUGGCCUGCCAGCAAUUUCGAUUUAUACCAAUGAGCCUCGGCAUCAUUACUUUGUGGCACCAUCUGCUCCUCAUGUUGUCGAUUAUCUACCAGGUUCAAUAUUUUUAUCGCCGGCCACAGCAACCACCAUUAAAGCCCGUCGCAGCAUUAUAGCCGAUGACAAAGAUGCUAAACCUAUAUUGCCCUUGAUAUUGCCGGAGCCCACAAAACCCAUAGAUUUGCCAUUGAAUAAUGAUCUGGAGAAAGAGGAAUUGUUGCUUAAGGAAAAGAAAGAGGAAUUUAAGCGUUUCUUAGAGGCAAAUGCCUUAAAAGAGGAGUUAAAAGAGGGACAAUUAGAGCUUAAGGCCAAGGAAGAAAUUAAGCUGCCAGAAAAUGAAAAAAUCGAAAAAAUUAAUUUGGAGCAAAGCCCAAUCGAAUUGAAAUUAUCACCAAUAGCACCAGCUCAGAAAGAAGAUGACACGCCCCAAACCAAGGAGGCUUAA